UACAACAAAGAUAAGCAAGCCAGGAGGGGGACCCCCUAAGGUAAGGGUCUUUAGAUUCUGGCCUCUGUCUGAUUGGCAGAUGUUAAAAGAUAUUUCUUAGUAAUCCACUGCAUCAAUGAACUACACAAAUUCAGUGGAGCAGUGGAAUAAUUCAGGCAUGAGGACAGUUUGUGCAGGCAGCUUGAAAGAACAGUACCAAGAUGGACAGAACUUUGGACUCUUUGCAGCUUUUGGUCACUCAGGUUUGGCCUCAGAGUGACCCAACCAAAUUAUUUAAAGACUUGAAUGUGGUAGCAUUGCUGCAAGAAUUUUGGGAAACCAAGGAAAAGCGGAGAGCAAUUUUUCCAAGCGAAAGCUUAGUGGCUUAUGAGUCUGUCCCAUCUCCAGACCCACCAUUUGUGUGCUAUGUCACUCUGCCAGGUGGAAGCUGUUUUGGUAAUUUUCAGUGUUGCUUAAGUAGAGCAGAAGCUCGACGAGAUGCAGCUAAAGUGGCACUAAUAAAUUCCCUCUACAAUGAGUUACCUUCCCGGAGAAUCACAAAAGAUUUCAUUAUAAAAAGUGUUCAAGAAGCCGUCUCUUCUACCAGUGGAAAUUUUAAUGAUGCAGAUGAUCCAAGUACAAGUAUUGGAGCUUACCAUUAUAUGCUGGAAGCAAAUAUUGGCAAAACCAUGUUGGAAUUUCAAGAACUGAUGAUAGUCUUUCAGCUUCUGCACUGGAACGGAAGUCUUAAAGCUCUCAGAGAGACAAAGUGCUCCCGUCAGGAAGUAAUUGCUUACUACUCUGAGUACUCAUUGGAUGAACGAAUGAGAAGUCACAUGGCACUUGACUGGAUAAUGAAAGAAGAGGAAGCACCAGGCAUAAUAUCACAAGAGCUUCAGCUGGCCCUCAGAGAAUUAGAAGAGUCCAGAAAAGCCGGGAGAGAGCUGCGGUUUUACAAAGAAAAAAAAGAAAUUCUAAGUUUAGCACUUAGUCACAUCUACAGCGACUGCCUUACUUCAGCUAAAAAUGCUGACCAAAUCAGCCUUACUUUGAAUGGCUAUCACUAGCAGAUCUGUUUCUUUCAUGUAAGAUUAGGUGAACAGUGAAUGGAAACAUGCGCUACAAAAUCUUAUUCAGAAGGCCACCCAAGUUUAUACAGGGAGGUAUUCUUUGUAGAUUGUAUUCUUUGAUCUGUUUUUUUUUUUUCCCCAAAGAGUCUAUUGUAUAGCUAGAGCGAUUGUUUCAUAGAUCAGAUGCAUAUGCUUGGAUACAGAAGCAUCACAGUUUCACAUUCGCUGGGUAUUUUUCAUAUUCGGGUUUGUUGAAUGCUUCUGCUUGUCUUGUUAAUUAUUUAUAUAUACUUGCUGAUUGUGUAAUAAAAAUAAUAUAGCACUAAGAA